UGUAUUUCUGUCUCUUCUUCUCCUCUACCUUCGUCGUCCUCCUCCCACCUUCCCCUUUAAAUCCACUUUUUGAAAUCUUUUUCAAGGUCUCUCCUUUCCUUUUUUCUCUCACGAGCUCUCUGUGAUAGCGUGGAAAGCUUGCCAGUAGUAGGUUUCACUCCUGGAUUACGUCUACGAUUCCAUUGCUCACGCAGCUCAUUGCACGAAUUCCCCCACCCCUUGCAUUUGGGAUAAAUGUACGCUAAUCAACUGUUACUCUAACUGCUACUGCUGCUUACACAUCGCCAUUUCUGAGCAAGUAAGUUCUCUGAGAAUCGAAAGACCCAAUAGCACACUGCAGCAGCCGCGAGCUUCCCGGCUCCUCUAUGCCUGGCGAGAUGUGGAAGGUGUUUCGGGCUUGUAUCGGCGGACAUCGAUGAUAAAUUGAUCUCUGGGAUCUGGGUAUUUCUAUGAUUCGAGGAAUCUGGGGGCUUUAGUGUCUAAUGGAGGAUAUUGGGCUGUUUAAGCAAGCAUGGCAGUGGCUGCAAAUGCAGAAGCACACUUGCUCGCGGGUCAGAACUGCAGCAGGGUGUGUGAGAGAGAGGGCUGGUGUCCUUAUAGACCGACAUUGGCCGACGGUGUGUGGCGGGUUUGCCAGAUUUGGGAAGUUGAUAAUUUUCUUGUUGAUAUAUUGGAGAGAAUGCUUUGUCAAGGGUUUCCUAUCGGUUCUGCAACUGGGCUCGGCAGCUCUGCUUCUUAUUAUGUGGAGUUGCUUUCUUAGUCUCACAUCAAUAUCAUGCUUGAUUUACGUACUGGUUAGCAUGGGAGCUGCAGGAGUUGCUGUUCAAUACUUGGGUUAUACCCCUGGGCUUUUUAUCGUAGGACUAGUUGCUAUAUUAACUCUAUGGAUGUAUGCUAACUUUUGGAUAACAGGAACCUUGUUUAUAGUUGGAGGUUAUUUGUUUUCACUCAAUCAUGCUAGGUUGGUGGUUCUAAUGGCGGCUAUAUAUGCUAUCUAUAUGGUCCAAGUUCGAGUGGGGUGGCAUGGUGUUUUUCUGUCAGUACACCUCACAUUUUUCUCAAAUGACAUAUUGAAUCUGUUACUGCAAUGUUGUGAUAAUAUCAGUGAGUCUGUCCCUGUGGAGGAGCAGAAAGAUCCCGAAACAGUUCAAGAGGAUGGGUUCUCUCCAGAUUGUGACUUCUCCAUGCCAACUGAUGCAUCUGAAAAGGUGCAUUCAUGUAAAUCUUCCAGUAAGCCAGCUGGUGUUUCAUCAGUUGUUAGUAACCAACCAGAAUCUUCUACUAGAAAGGUAGUUAGAGAAGACACGAGUUCAGUUGAUGAGAUGAGGAGGAUCUUAACAAGUAUUGAUCAUUAUGAAGCUCUUGGGUUUCCACGUCACAAGCGGAUUGAUGCGGCAAUUUUGAAAAAGGAGUACCGGAAGAAGGCCAUGCUUGUGCAUCCUGAUAAAAAUAUGGGGAACCCGUUAGCAAGUGAAUCCUUUAAGAAACUUCAGUGUGCCUAUGAGGUUCUUUCUGAUGGCACCAAGAAGCGGGAUUAUGAUGAGCAAUUGCGGAAGGACGAGCUCAGGACUAGAAGUGUGUGUCAGAAGUCCAAUAGUACCUCAACACAGGAUUCUCCAGACUAUUUUUCCGAGGAAUCAAGGCACAUCCAGUGUACAAAGUGUGGUAAUUCCCAUAUAUGGGUGUGUACGAAUAGGAGCAAGGCCAAGGCAAGAUGGUGCCAGGAUUGUUGCCAAUACCAUCAAGCCAAAGAUGGUGAUGGAUGGGUUGAAUACAAGGGCUCAUUGGGGUUUGACACGUCUGUAAAGGUGGAAAUCCCCCGUGCUUUUGUAUGUGCUGAAAGCAAAAUAUUUGACGUCUCUGAGUGGGCUAUCUGCCAGGGAAUGGCGUGUAGACCCAACACUCACAGGCCAAGUUUCCAUGUGAAUAUGGUUGGUCUGGAGAAAACACAGCGGUCGAGUACAGGACGAUACCCAUGGGAUUUAGAUGCCGAGAUGAUGGACGAAGACGAAGAAGAGUUUGAGCUGUGGCUACAACAGGCUCUGGCUUCUGGGGUGUUCUGCGAGACUUCUAAACGCAGGACAAGCUGGAGCCCUUUCAAGCUGAAUCCAAAGAAAGGGAAGAAACAGGGGCGGAGAACAUCAACUUAACGAGAGAUCGGGUAAGAAGAGAAGUAGGAACUCCUGGGAUCACACACAGUGACUACUUGGUCCUCUUUCUGGAAAUAUCGAGCUACCAUCGAAGCUGCACAUGGAUAUGGUGACUAGCUUUCUCUGGAUUGGGAAGAAAUGUGGGAGGAGGCAGAGAGGACUCUGGUCACCACAUGGCCGCAAGCCAGAGGAAACAAAGCAACCAGAAGCAAGUGCUCAGCCAAAAAGUUGAUACCAUCUGAAUCAUGGAGAAGGAAGAAAUGAAUGUGUUGAUUGUUUUCCUCCCUGGAGGAGGAUUUGUGUAGUUUUAGUUUAGUUAAGUUCACUGGAAGUGGGAAGGGGUUCCUCAGUAGUGUUGACUAUUGUUGUACAUAUCUUCAUGAUUUUGUUCCCAUUUUACGAUAAGGCCGACUCCCUCUGCUUUUACUUUCUUAGCUGUCCACAGCUCUAGCUUAGCGGAAUGAUGAAUGAAGAAGAAGAAGUUUCCUUCCCAUUUUCCAACUUCCGCGUCCAUCCCAUUAUCGCCAUUGCCUUCACUUCUCCGUGACCUACUUGUAUAAGUAUAUCCCAUUACACUCUCCACUUCUCCAUCACCAGCAACACACUCGCUUCUUCCUCUUCUUCUUCUUAGCCCAACGGAGAAAGCUAGAUACUUGAAAUCAUUAUGACUCGCUCUUCAUCAGUCCUGGUGUUUCUUGCCAUUGCCACCGUGCUAGUGGCUGCUUCAUCAGCUGCCAAUUUCUACCAGGACUUCGAUGUCACAUGGGGAGACGGCAGGGGAAAGAUCCUCAACAAUGGCGAUCUCCUCACUCUUUCCCUCGACAAGUCCUCUGGCUCGGGAUUCCAGUCCAAGAACGAGUAUCUGUUCGGCAAGAUUGACAUGCAGCUCAAGCUCGUCCCUGGCAACUCUGCUGGGACUGUCACCGCAUACUAUUUAUCUUCGAAAGGAGCGAAUUGGGAUGAAAUCGAUUUCGAGUUCCUGGGGAAUUUGAGCGGCGACCCGUACAUCCUCCACACCAACGUCUUCAGCCAGGGGAAGGGAAACAGAGAGCAGCAGUUCCAUCUGUGGUUCGACCCAACUGCCGAUUUCCACACCUACUCCAUCCUCUGGAACCCGCAGCGCAUCAUUUUCUCAGUGGAUGGCACUCCGAUCAGGGAGUUCAAGAACAUGGAUAGCAACGGCGUCGCGUUCCCAAAGAAUCAGCCGAUGAGGAUUUACUCCAGCCUGUGGAACGCCGACGACUGGGCUACGAAGGGCGGGCUGGUGAAGACGGAUUGGUCGAACGCUCCAUUCACAGCCUCCUACCGCGGCUUCAAUGCCAAUGCCUGCGUGUGGACCAACGGCAAAUCUUCUUGCUCUGCAGCAGCGUCAACGACUCCGGAUUCCUCUUCUUCACAGUGGUUGUCGGAGGAGAUGGACACCACGGGCCAAGAAAGGAUGAAAUGGGCGCAGAAGAACUACAUGAUCUACAAUUACUGCGCUGAUAACAAGAGAUUUCCACAGGGGAUUCCCCAGGAAUGCAACCUCUCUUGA